UCUUUGGUUCUUUGCUCUUCUUGGUUUGAUCUUUGGAGAGGUGCUACAGCUAUGGAAACAAAAUUUUAGGAACGAAAAGAGCGGACAGCAGAGACUGAUGUGAUGUUGGUAUCACUAAGUCUCUUCGCAUCCUUAAAGCAAGAGGGAUGCGUACAGAUCUUAUGUUUGCGAUCGAAAGGCUCCUAUAAUCGACAAAGCCAUUCUUACUUCUAGCACUUCUCGGAGGUUAUUGAUUUCUCGCAAAUUGCUCUUCCACCUGCCCUCUUUCGUGAGGGAGUUCGAAGCUGAAAAGUAAUGAGCUGAAGAUUAAGGUCUUUUACGAGUGAACAGCGAGCACACAGCUAGCAACUCUUUCGGAGAAUACUCCAGGCGAAAUUGGUCGGAUGGCCGAUAGCUACGGUCACAACGCAGGUUCACCAGAGAGCAGCCCGCAUUCUGAUAACGAGUCCGGGGGUCAUUACCGAGACCAGGAUGCUUCUGUACGGGAACAGGAUCGGUUCCUGCCCAUCGCGAACGUGAGCCGAAUCAUGAAGAAGGCGUUGCCGUCUAAUGCAAAAAUUUCGAAGGACGCGAAAGAGACUGUGCAGGAGUGUGUGUCCGAGUUCAUCAGCUUCAUCACUGGUGAGGCGUCAGAUAAGUGCCAGAGGGAGAAGAGAAAGACGAUCAACGGUGACGACUUGCUGUGGGCCAUGAGUACACUUGGUUUCGAAGAUUACGUGGAGCCUCUGAAGGUUUACCUACACAAAUACCGGGAGCUAGAGGGAGAGAAGGCUUCCACGGCCAAGGGUGGUGACCAGCAAGGAGGGAAAGAAGGGAGUCAAGGUGUUAUGGGGUCCAUGGGUAUGUCGGGCGGAAUGAACGGUAUGAACGGUACGAUGAACGGGAAUAUGCAUGGACAUGGAAUCCCGGUGUCGAUGCAGAUGCUGCAGCAGUCGUACGGACAGCAGGCACCUCCAGGGAUGAUGUAUUCCCCUCAUCAGAUGAUGCCGCAAUACCAGAUGCCAAUGCAGUCUGGUGGAAACCAGCCUCGUGGAGUGUAGGAGGUUCCACGGCGAGGAGAAUUUGAAAUUGGGGAGAUUGUCAACCGCGUGAGGGAGUGUUGUGGAGCAUGACGGGCACCUUAAUUAUGGUGCUGUUGGAAGAGUGACGAGUGGGUCAUGUGAAGUGUUGGCGACUGUAGGAUGAUGGAAGAAAAGAAGAAAUGCCGUUGAAGCUCGUGGGGUUUGAGUUGUGAGGAGGAGCACUAUUCGUUUGGCAAGGAGCGUACAGGUUUUGGUGGUGUUUGUUCUGAUUGAUAGUUAUUUGCGCUGAUUUUUGCUUGGCCUCGGCAUCAAGAGGGAAGCGAAAAUUUUGCUUUGAAUUCGUUGACACUUCAACCUUUUCCGUGUGAAAAGGCUCUGUAGGAUGGAAAAAAAGGAAAGACAUGUAGAAUGAAGGGGAUUGAUUUGUACCAUGUAUGUGGAAGUGUGGGCUUUCAAAAAAUAUAUUUAGGUUUUAAACUUGUGGGGAGGGAGUAUAUGAGACGGCAGGAAUAGAGACUGUCCUUUGUUGUUGAUGGAGAGGAUAGAUCUCGCUGGUGGGGAUCUUUCGUAUUCAGAGGUCAGCACCAAAUGUGAUUAUAAUUGAGCUCUGUACAAGACAUUGAACAGCUUCCAGUGCAGUUGACAUGAAUCAUCCUUAACUAUUUGUCAAUUUAUGAAGGA